GGAGCAGAGCAGCAGCAGUCGGAGAGAGAGAGAGAGAGAGAGGCAGGACAGCAUGUCAGUGAGCAAAGGAGAGGAGGCGAGCUGAAGGAAGAGAAGGUAGAGAGAUGCAGACUGUCUGCUGCAAAACUCUUCAAGCUGUCAUCAAACAACAUGAGACGGAUGCAGUGAAGCAUUGCUGGAGCCGGGGAUGCAGAUAGUUCACCUUGGGCUGGAGUCAGGGGGCAACCUGGACACUACCAUCUUCUCAGAGCAACGUCGGAUCUGACAAAGGAGACUUUUCUCUAAGAUCGAAGAACUUCCACAGCUCGCACUGGAUCCCCGGAAGCCCACCAGCAAGCCACUCCUGGCACCGGGGAGUCCCGGGACCAGCCUGACCUUGGACCGGUUGUCACCCGAACCCAUCCUGGAGGCACCCGCCAUGUCUCAGACGGCGGGGGGGCGACUGCACAGCAAAAAAGCCGGCAUCCGUGCCGCGGUGAUCCUGAUCGGGCUCCUGCACAAGUCGCGUAAGGCCAAGGAGAAGGAGAGAGAGGAGAGCGACGGGAAACAGGAGUUGUUGAACAUCUCCAACGUCCCUCUUGGAGAAUGUCCUCCAUCGCCACCACGCACGGCUCCACCCAGCAUGAAGUCCGCAGAGUUCUUCGAUAUGCUGGAGAGAAUGCAGGUCCCCAAAGUCGAAGAGAGCAAAAAAUGGAAGGAUGACUACAUCCCCUACCCACGGAUAGAAGAUGUCCUGGAGAAAGGUGGACCGUACCCCCAAGUUAUCUUGCCACAGUUCGGUGGCUACUGGAUCGAGGACGGGGAGGCAACAGCUGGGACGCCGUCCUCUUCAGAGUCCAGUUUCUUUGAAGAAGACGAGGACGGAGGAGAGGGAAUGAGCCCCGGUGAGGGACACGGCUACCGUCUGGAGUGCAACAGCACCGCCCGGGCUUACCGCAAACACUUCCUGGGCAAGGAGCACAUGAACUACUACUGCACAGGCAGCAGCAUAGGGAACCUCAUCAUGUCCCUGAAACACGAGGAGGUGGAGGGUCAAGAGUUCUUACGGAUCAUGCUCAGGUCACGGAUCAAAACAAUUCACGAUAGGAUAUCCUUAGCCGGCAUCAACCAGCUGCCCAGUGUACAUCAGAUUGCGAAACUUCUGUGUGAAGAUGCCACAGGACUGAAGUUCAGCCCGGUUCUUUACCCUCGAGGGUCUCAGUUGAUUGUAGCUUACGACGAGCACGAGGUCAACAACACCUUCAAAUUCGGUGUGAUCUACCAAAAAUUCGGACAGACGUCAGAGGAAGAGUUGUUUGGGAACAGCGAAGAGACUCCAGCUUUCAAGGAGUUUCUCAGCAUACUCGGUGACAACAUUGAACUUCAUGACUUUAAAGGAUUUCGCGGAGGGCUAGAUGUGUCCCACGGACAGACAGGGACAGAAUCUGUAUACACGGUUUUCAGACAGAGAGAGAUCAUGUUCCACGUGUCAACCAAGCUCCCUUUCACCGAUGGGGACAUCCAGCAGCUUCAGAGGAAAAGGCACAUAGGAAAUGACAUUGUGGCAGCCGUUUUCCAGGAAGAACCGACGCCUUUUGUUCCUGACAUAAUUGCAUCCAACUUUCUGCACGCUUAUGUGCUAAUCCAAGCUGAGAACCCGUGUACAGAAAACACAAUAUACAAGGUAUCUGUCACUGCGAGGGAAGAUGUCCCUCCUUUUGGACCCCUUCUCCCGAACCCAGCUGUCUUCAAAAAGGGUCCAGAGUUUCGUGACUUCCUGCUGACAAAGCUGAUCAAUGCAGAAAAUGCUUGCUACAAAUCUGACAAGUUUGCCAAACUAGAGGGUCGAACGCGAGCUGCUCUGCUGGACAACCUGCACGAUGAGCUCCACAGACAAAGUCAGGCCACUCUGGGUCUCAGCCAGGCAGAGGAGGAGGACAAGCUGGAGAACGGAGGACACGGGGGUCUACUAGAGUCAUUUAAGAGAGCCAUGCGGGUGAGAAGUCACUCAAUGGAGACAAUGGUGGGGUCUCACCGCCUCAGGAGCCCCGGCGGAGGAGGCGGGGUCCCGGCCAGUUUGAGUGGCGGAGCAAUGCCGCAGAGCACCAGUGAAUGCACAAAGAGCACCUACAAUCCUCCUGCGUUGUCCACCAAAUCUUCGCUAAAGAGCCCCGUGAAAAGGCGAUCGGGACUUUUCCCUCGUCUCCACUCCAGCAUCGAGAGUCCGUCAGACAAAUGUGCUCGCAGGUUGGUGACCUCUGCCCAAACACCAUUUAGUUUAAUUACAUCAAGCUUCAAAUGUGUUCUUUUCUACAGUGAUCAAAAGUCCACAGAUACCUGCCCCUUGUCCCAAGAAGGGAGGUCAGAGACGUCGUCCAACCCCAGCUCACCUGAGAUCUGUCCUAGCAAAGAGAGGCCUUUCAUAAAACUCAAGGACGGAGGGAACGGCCGACCAAACAUCUCUCGAUCGUCGUCGAGCACCAGCAGCUUCAGCAGCAUUACCGGAGAUACGGAAACUUUGGAAGAAUUGGAGACGGUCGGCCAUCCCUCCAUGGCCUCUUCUUCUGUCUUCAGUCCUUCGAUCAGCAUCGACAGUCCAGUGUCAGGAACCCCCAUCAUCAUGUGUCGCAGUCCCACAGAUGGGAAAAGUAAGACAUCACCGAGGUCCAGCUUGAAGUUCAAAUUUGACAAAAUGAGUCACUCAUCCACCAACUCGGAGUAGCUGCAUUGCAAGACUUUCGCAUCAAGUCCGGAUGGAGCUGUGCAAAACACAAUGUCAAAAAAACACGGAAUCACUAUAGAACCACUUUGCUACCGCUAUGGACGGGACUAAGAACGACCCCACUACCCAAAGCAGCUGACAAUACUGUGAAGUCUACAGCGUAGAGAGAAAAGUGGAUCUUUUUGACCGUCUUUUGGCAGACAAAGCGGUCCAUAGUCGGGUAAAUUCUGACCUAGCUGGGCACUAUUAUUUAUUUGCUGAGUAGCAACAUGAGGCUUUAUAGAGACUUGUUUUGGCUUGCUCCAAAAAGCAGAGUACAGUAAAGUACAGUACUGGUAACAAACAACCGGCAAUUGGAAGUGGAGUCGUCCGUAGGAUUUGAGUUUGCUGUGUCCUUUUGGGAAAUUUUUUUUUUUGUAUUUCAAACCUUUAUGGUUACCUCGCUAGCUGCCGCACUACUGUAUGAAUGCUGCUGGGAUCCCGCGGACAUAGCGUUUGUGUAUUUGCCAUGCACGGGGAAAACUACGUUGCAGUACAUGCUACUCCUGCAGGGACAUUUCAACUGUGUCUAAUUUUAGCCAAAGCUGCUUCUUACUCUCACUAUGUGAUAGGAAUGAAAAUCUUACAACGGCCGCAUUUCUUAAAAAGAGACAUUUCACUUCAGUGCGGUAAACAUUUCACACGCCGAUACCUCCCGUUGUGGCUUGCUAGCUGUGUUUGUGCGUAAUUAAGCUUUUUUUUGUUGUUGUUGUUGUUACCGUUUCCUCUAACAACUUGAUGACUUGAUCGAACCUUUAAAAAAACACUUCUGGUAAAAACAACAUUUAUUUUGUUGUUGAAGUCUCUUACGUGCACACGAAGAGUAGUUUGAAAUAGUUCACCUUCAGAAUUAAAAAAAGAUAUCCAGCUAUAUCGCAGACGUGACCAAACACUUUCUUCGAAAGCGGGUUCAUUUUCUAUUUUUCUGCCAGUAAUCAUCGUUUUGGAUGGAAAGGAAGCCGGGGACAGAAAAAAAAUGUAGAGACACGCUUGAAUAAAUCGCAUUGUCGUUAUGUUUGCAGCAGCCUGAAUGCCUUGCAGCCUUUUCACUUUUAAUAAACUUAAUUUAUUAUUUUUUUGGCAUUGUACAAAAGAAAAAACAACUGAAAGGUACUUAGGUAAAUUAGGUUAAGAAAUAUAUGAAUUUCAAAGCCGUCUAAAUAUGUAAAUGUAUAUUUCGUUAUGUAUUGUGCUGCUGGAAAUUUAUUCGACAAAUAAAAUGUUGUAUUUUG